UUUAUUUAAAGAUUGGUUCAGAAGUUAACGGAUCAUCAUGCAUAUCUUCUAUGUCAACCGAAACGAAUACAAAUUUAUUAUUAACUGAAUAUUAAACUUCUGAAUAUUCAAUUCCAUCAUGGCAGUCAUCAAUUAGAUGAUUCAACAUAAAACUGUUUUAUUUAUCUUGAUAUUGGCCAUUGUAAAAAGUAAAUGCAGCCCCAAAAUAUCUUGGGAUCCAAAUAUUAUAAAAGAAAAUUUAGACAAAAUAAUACUUGAUAAACAAUCUUUUGUAACAUGUUCUCAAGAGGAAAUUGUAAAUUUAAAAGGAUUAAAUUUAAAUAGUAUACCAACAGAAUUAAUUAAAAGUAAAACAAUACAGGCAAUUUCAUUAGAAAAUAAUGAAAUAAAUAUAGUUCCUAGCGAUAUAUUUUAUGAAAUUCCAAAUUUACAGUGUCUUGAUCUAGCACGGAAUAAAAUUUUGCCUAAUAAUCUUGAAAUGAAACAUGAUAAUUUAAAAAUAUUAAUUCUCGAUUAUCAAAAGAAUUUAGAAAGUAAUAGAAACGAUGAAAUCUUUUUACCAGUCAAAAUAAAAGGGCGAUUUCCAAAUUUGAAAACGUUAUCUUGGAAAAAUUUCAAAAAUGAUAUUUUAACUUCAAUAAUAGUAUCAUUUCCGAGAAUAAAUAAUAUUUAUUUAUCCGAUUCUAAUUUACAAUAUAUAAAUAAUAAUAUAAGCACGAUAUUUCCGUAUGCGAAAAAUAUCCAUUUAGAAAAUAAUUUGAUCAAUCAAUUAAUUGGAUAUGAUUUUAGAAAUGUGGAAGAAUUAUAUUUGGAUAAUAAUCCUCUUUAUGAUCUCUCGUUCAAUCCAAAAUAUACAAAAAAUCUAAAAAUUCUCUCAUUAUCAAAUACUACAAAAAAUUUUCCUAAACUCAACAUUCCAUCGUUAAUGACAUUAGAUUUCUCUGAAAAUAAAUGUCAUUUUACAGAGAAGAAUAUGUUUGAAUAUAUAUUAUCUUUAGAAAAUUUGAUUUUAAGUAAAAAUGAAUUUGUAAAAUUUCCAAAUUUAACUUUUUUAAAUAAUCUUAAAAAAUUAUCAUUGGCUUACAAUAUAAUUACCAAUGUAAAAGAUAUAAAUGUAACAAAAUCUUUAAAAAUGUUAAGUCUACGAGGAAAUCAAAUAUAUAACAUCGAUAAAAAAGCGUUUUUCGAGUUUACAGAAUUAGAAUUUUUAGACUUAUCAGAAAAUAAAUUACAAUCAUUACCGUUUGCUUGGGAUAAAAACUUGUCAAUGUUGAAAUAUCUCAACUUAGAGUCAAAUUAUUUUUUAAAAAUAGAAGAUAUGAUGUUGAAUUCAUUAUUUACUUUACAAAAACUUUAUAUAAAAAAUAAUGAUAUCAUGUCGAUAGAUUUAAAUAUAUUAAAAAUUAUACCACAAAACUGUACCGUAUAUUUAUCCCUUACGAUCCUUAAAAUGUUGUUCGUGAGAUCGUGGCUAGUGUUACUCGGCGUGAUUCUUUUUCGUUUGAAAUUGGUACAUGGCGGACAAUAUCGGUUAUAUAGUGACAACAAUUAUCCGUAUGGUGACAAUAAUCGACUCGCAUUUUCUCAUACCAAUGUACCACCAAUAAUGUCGAUUGCUCCGUGUAAAAAAUGUGAACCCAUAAUACAAUACGAGGAAUGUAAAUCAAAUUCGAUACUACAUUUUGAGCGUAUUGGUAUAAAAACAAUUGGCGACUUUUUCGUUAAGAGUAAAGAAAUAAAGGAGUUGUAUCUCGACGACAACGAGAUCACGGAAAUCUCUAUUAAAGCAUUCGAUUCGUUGACCAAAUUGAAUAUUCUAAGCUUGAAUAACAACAACAUUUCCAUUAAUAAAAUGCUAUGGUUCAAUCAGCACGAUAAUUUGCGGGAUUUGAUUAUAAAUAACAACAAGUAUAAUGGAACUGACACUGUUAUAAAUAAAAUAUUCCAUCCAUUACCGAGAUUGGAACGUUUGUCCUUAAAAAACAACAGAAUUUCUAAUUUGAAUAUCUCGUUAAAAAAUUUCGCACCCUCUUUGAGGUCGUUGGAUCUAUCGGGAAAUAAUAUGGAAUCGAUCGAUUUUAUCAUGAAUUUACCGGAAACCGUCUCUUAUCUGAAUUUACAUAAUAAUUCGUUCUCGAAUAUAAAAAAAAAUUUAUACAAUAUUGAAAAUUUAUUGUUAAGUAGCAAUAAGAUCAAGGAAUUGUGCAGUAUAAAUUGCAAACAGCAUUCCUCCUUGUCGUUAGAAGGGAUGAGAAAAUUGUUGAAUCUGAACGUGUCCGAUAACUGUAUCAAGACUGUUACGGAGAACGCGUUUAGAUACACGACGAAUCUUGUCUCGUUGGAUCUAUCCAGAAACGAGAUAGAAUCGCUUCCAGAGAAUAUUUUUAUAGGCUUAGAAUCCCUGUUGGAACUUCGAAUGAGCCACAAUCGAUUUAUUUCCGUUCCGAAUAUAUGCGCGUUACAUUCGGUAAGAAACGUAGAUUUGAGCCAUAAUCGAAUCGUGGAAAUAACCAGCGACAGCUUCUGUUUCACGACGUUCAUUCAAUCGCUAGAUUUGUCCAAUAAUCAUAUCUUGAAUAUCAACAAUAAUUUCGAUAAAUUGCAAACGUUGCAGAGGCUGGAUCUUUCGAACAAUUUUAUCAAUAAACUUCCGAUAAUGUUGAUUCAAAGGACACAAUUUCUCGAAAUUCUUUUGCUGAAGAAUAAUAGCAUAACGAAUAUCGACGAGCUAUUUACCUUGCAAUUGAGAACAUUACGCGAACUACAUCUUGAAGAAAAUCCGUUUUUGUCUUUAAGAUUUAACGAUUCAAUGAUAUACGUGAAAGAAGAAAAAGAAUUGAAGAAUUGUGAUAUAGAAAUUGCUGAAACGUUAAAAAAGCAUGUUACAAGCAUCGAAGAAGAUGAUUCUUUGAGCAAUGAAAGCAAUGAAAUUUACUAAUCUCAAUGAACUUUUACGUCUUUUUCGUUUUUCGAUGAGAAACGAUCCUUCUUACCAUAAAUUGAAAAGUCGACCAAUAUUUGGAAAUGAAUUAUUUUUGGAAAAGAAAGAAAAUGCAGACAUUAUAUUUAGUGAUAUAUACUGCCAAUAAAAAAUCUAGAAGAACGCUCAUCGCUAUUUUUAGAUUUUCAUGUAUUUGUAAUUUUUUCAAUAUGCUUAUAUUCAACUUGCUUUUGUACAGCUUUGUUUUAAUCUUUUCUUUUAUUAUUUUUUUUAUUAUUUUUGUCAUUUUUAUUAAUACUAAUUGAUCAUUAACACACGCGCAUCGAAAUAAUACCAAUUUUGCUACUAACAAUUCAAACUAUCACUAAUCUUAAUUUUUUUAUUAUGUGAAGCAUAGA